AUGACCCCGAACGAGUUAAAGUACUUCUCAAUUGAAAAACUAUGUUUGGCACUUGUGUUCGCUAUCAAAAAACUUAAGCACUACUUUGAGGCCCAUACCAUCCAGCUUGUUUCCAAAGCAAACCCGGUGAAGUAUGUUAUGGCAAAGGUCAUGCUCUCCGACCGCCUCGCAAGGUGGUACUUAUUGUUUCAACAUUUUGAAAUCAUAUAUGUGCCACAAAAGUCUGUCAAGGGGCAAGCCUUAGCCGAUUUCCUAGUAGAUCACCCAAUAUCAGCUGAAUGGGAGUUGUCUGACGAUCUACCUGAUGAAGAUGCGCUUAUCAUUGAAAUCCUACCCUCAUGGAAGAUGUACUUUGAUGGAGUUUCACAUAGAGAAUGGGCAGGAGCUGGAAUUGUCUUUGUCACUCCAGAAGGUGAAGUGUUACCAUAUUCAUUCACCUUGACGGAAACAUGUUCAAACAACGUUGCUGAGUACCAAGCAUUGAUACUUGGGCUCGAGAUAGCGACUGACAUGAAACAAUUGAGGAUUAACAUUUAUGGAGAUUCAAAACUGGUCAUCAACCAAGUGUUGGGCCUGUAUGAAGUGAAAAAGGCUGAGUUAGUCCCAUAUAACAACUAUGCAAAGAUACUCAUGCAAUGGUUAGGGGACGUCACAAUUGAACAUGUACCAAUGAAAGAAAACAAGCAGGCCGACGCCUUAGCCGCAUUGGCUUCAACUAUUGCUCAUCCAGCCGCCCGAGUACAAGUAUGUCAAAGGUGGGUAGUUUCGCCAAUCUUCAAUGAAGACGACUCAAUUGAUGAAACUGUUGAACUCCCUACUGCCUCAGUUUAUGAUAUAGAUCCUCGUAAAAGGGUGGAUAUAAAGCGUCAAACUCCUCGCCUCAUAUGCUAUAAAGAAACAUUGUAUCGUCAUUCAUUUGAUGGAGUAGUUCUCCAAUGUCUAGGGGAUGAGGAAGCUUUACAAGCUAUGCAAGAAGCUCACUCUGGAGUUUGCAGUGAACAUCAAUCCGGCCCCAAGUUACACUUACAUAUUAAGCGAAUGGGCUAUUAUUGGCCUACAAUGGUAAAGGAUUGUAUAGACUAUGCUCGAAUGUGUCAAGCCUGCCAGUUUCAUGCAAACUUUAUCCAUCAGCCACCGGAACCUCUACACCCAACAGUUGCAUCUUGGCCAUUUGACACUUGGGAACUUGAUGUGGUUGGCCCAAUUACACCUAAGUCAAUUACAGGGCAUGUAUACAUAUUAGCCGCCACUGAUUACUUUUCAAAGUGGGCCGAAGCCGUGGCGUUGAAGGAGGUGAAGAAAGAAAAUGUUGCACACUUUCUCUGA